GCGCUGUCUCCCAUACCACUCCAAGGCAACCAGCAAGAAGAGAUGAACACCAGCGCGCUCUACCCGCCCAACCUUCGCUCGUUCGGAGACGGCGUCAUCCGUAAUGUGGUCCAGCGCGACCGACACUACCACGAGCCAGAAACGUCUUUUGUUCGGCCCGUGACGACCGGUAGAAUCGCCCUACCUAGUAUCACAGGACGCAAGCGUCCGCUGCAAGACGCGGUCAAAUCCGAGCCAGCACCGACCAAGACGCAGAAGACACGCGCCGCUCUCUCAACUGAUGGACUGGACGAAAAAUUUGCCGCUGAAGUGGAGCUGCGACGUAAGCGCAACCGCAUGCACCAGGCCCGGUACAAGCAGAAACAGCGCGAGCACCUUGCAGACUUGGAGAAGACCAUCGAGACGCUCAAGACGGAGGUCCAAGAGCUCGAAGUGCAGUACCACCUCGUGUCCUACAGCGUCCCGACCAACUCGACGAUCUGGGGCGUCGCUGCUGAGUACUUCCGGCUCUUCCGGCACGGCGUCAAGGCCCCCAUCACGGCCCUGCCACGCAGCAGCCAGUACCAAGCUCAGUGCAACUUUAUCCAGGCCACGAUGGCGCUGGACGUGACGGACGGCACGGUCUUCGGAGUCAAGGCAGUGAUGAAGAACCUGCUGCUCCAGUCACGCUGCUACCAGGAGAUCGACACGUACCCCGUGCGCUUGGAGAAUGGACCCGGGGAAUCGUUGGUCGCCACGACUCGGUGCGUUCUCAAGAUUACCGAUAACACUCUACGGUACGGGUUUCCUCACCUGGUCGGGGAGUUGGCGCCUCUGGCUGGCAAGUUGCUCGGCAAACGGAUUACUUUGCAAGGAUCCGUGCGCUUCGUGUGGGAUAAUGCCAAAGGCCGAGUGACGCAGCUCCACUGGAGGGUGGACAUGCUGUCAGCCCUUCUGACGCUACUAGGCAAUCUGAAGGAUGUUGAGCGUGUGUUUCGUGGUGCUCGUGUCACUCCUGAAGAGACUCGCCCAAGAGGAGACGCGCGAAAGAUUAUUCUCCAGACUACGAGCGUCGGCGACGAGAGAAGAAGAAGGCGGAGAGGGAAGCAGGUCCAGCAGUACGAGACGCAGCUGGAACUCCUGCGGCUUCGUCGAGCAGUUCAUCAAACUGAGUCCAAGUGGGGGUGGGUCGAAGCUGCUACUUCUGAAGAGGAGAAGCUACGCAAGGCGGAAGAGCUCAAUCGACAGCUACGUGGGCUGGUAGCUCAGCACUUGAGUACAGCUCAGAUAUUCAAGAGACUGAUGGAUCAGGACUCAGGCCUUGCUGAGUCUGGUGAACGACAGCGCGCUCAGUUGGUUCUAGACAGCAGUCCGCCGUGUCUUUCACCAACACCUUUGACGAUGUUCUCGAGUCUGGGAGCUAUCAGCGCGCAUUUAAACGGGCUGAUCAACCAGCUUCACGCUGCCUCCGACUUCGUGUUUGGCUCGGCCUCGAUGUUCAAAGAAGACGCCGGGUCACUCACGACGUCAGCCACGCUAAAGUUCCACGAUCCUACCGAUGUUGUGGAAAAUGAUGGUCGGGAAGGUCCUGAUGCGGCAUGCUACACAAUGAAGAAGAAGCGAUUGACGCAGAGCUCAGCUGAAAUGGCGUACUCACUCGAUUUUAGCGUUUUCGAUACGCCGGUAGUUUUUGACGGAGUGACACUGAUGCACAAGUACGAGGACCGCCCGUGUUGA